AAGUUUGAUGGCUCUCAAGUGAUGUGGAGGACUGUGUUCUUUCUGUUACUUCCCACAGUGCUAUUCUGCAAUGGAAACGGAUCGCAACCCUGAGCAAACCGCGAACUUUGGGCUCUUUUUUGCAUAAAGAGGAAGAUCAUGCCUGAGCCAGUUACUUUGCGCAGUAUUAAGAAAAUCGGAGAAGACAACUAUGGCUUUGAGCCGGAAGAAUCACAUAACGGCAUCUGCAAACCAGAGUAUUUCCAUAAUAAAAAGGAAACUUCUUCAAAGAACAAUACAAAAGGGAACAAGACAUCAGAGAAGAAUGAAAUUCGAGUUGGCUUCUUUGAGUUGUUUAGAUUUGCUUCUUCAUCUGAGAAACUGAUGAUGGUUUUCGGUGGCAUCUGCGCUGCUCUUCAUGGAGCUGCCCAGCCAGCCAUGUUGAUUGUCUUUGGGGUAAUGACAGACACAUUUAUUCAAUAUGAUAUUGAGAAGCAAGAGCUUAGUGACCCGAAUAAAGGAUGUGUGAAUAACACUAUAGUGUGGAUCAACAGUUCCUAUCACCAAAACAACAAUAAUACACCAGUGAGUUGUGGGUUGCUGGACAUUGAAAUGGAAAUGAGUUAUUUUGCAAGUUACUAUGGGGGAAUAGGCUGUGCAGUGCUUGUGCUGGCAUACUUCCAGAUCAGCUUAUGGGUAAUCUCAGCUGCUCGACAGACACAGAAAAUCAGAAAAGCCUAUUUCAGGAAAAUAAUGAGGAUGGAUAUAGGCUGGUUUGAUUGUACAUCAGUGGGGGAACUCAGUACACGUAUUUCUGAUGACGUAAAUAAAAUAAAUGAUGCUAUUGCUGAUCAAGUAGCAGUCUUUAUCCAGCGGUUCACCACCUUUAUUUGUGGAUUCAUGUUAGGAUUUGUCAGAGGCUGGAAGCUGACCUUGGUUAUUAUCUCAGUCAGUCCACUACUUGGGGUUGGAGCUGCCAUGAUUGGCCUGGCUGUGGCAAAGCUGACAGGUCGAGAAUUAAAAGCUUAUGCAAAAGCUGGCGCUGUGGCCGAUGAAGUGCUCUCAUCCAUCAGAACAGUGGCUGCUUUUGGAGGGGAAAGAAAAGAAGUUGCAAGAUAUGACAGAAACCUAGUGUUUGCCCAAAACUGGGGAAUUAGAAAGGGAAUAAUAAUGGGAUUUUUCACCGGUUACAUCUGGUGCAUCAUUUUCCUGAGUUAUGCGCUAGCAUUUUGGUACGGCUCAAAACUUGUUCUUGAAGAUGAGGAGUACUCACCUGGCACACUUAUACAGGUUUUUUUUGGAGUUCUGGUAGCUGCCUUAAGUCUUGGCCAAGCUUCUCCUUGCCUGGAAGCCUUCGCCACUGGCCGAGGAGCUGCAACAAAUAUCUUUGAGACGAUAGAUAAAAAACCUGUUAUUGACUGUAUGUCAGAAGAUGGCUACAAGCUGGAUAAAGUCCGUGGUGAAAUUGAAUUCCAUAAUGUGACUUUCUACUACCCAUCCAGGCCUGACGUAAAGAUUUUAGAAAAACUCAACAUGGUUAUCAAGGCAGGGGAAACAACAGCUUUUGUUGGACCCAGUGGAGCUGGAAAGAGCACCACAAUACAGCUCAUCCAGCGAUUUUAUGACCCUAGUGAAGGCAUGAUUACUCUAGAUGGACAUGAUAUUCGCUCGCUUAAUAUUCAGUGGCUGCGUUCCUUGAUUGGCAUAGUUGAGCAGGAACCAGUCCUGUUUGCUACCACCAUUGCAGAGAACAUUCGCUAUGGUCGGGAAGAUGCCACUAUGGAAGACAUCAUCAGAGCAACCAAACAAGCCAAUGCCUACGACUUUAUCAUGGAUCUGCCUGGGAAAUUUGACACCCUAGUUGGAGAAGGUGGUGGUCAGAUGAGUGGAGGCCAGAAGCAGCGGAUUGCUAUUGCUCGUGCUUUGGUUCGAAACCCCAAAAUCCUGCUACUGGACAUGGCUACAUCAGCACUGGACAACAAAAGCGAAGCUACAGUGCAAGAGGCCCUUCAUAAGGCUCGCGUUGGGCGCACAGCCAUCUCCAUUGCUCACCGCUUGUCCUCAAUCAGAACUGCUGAUGUCAUAAUCGGCUUUGAGCAUGGAAGAGCAGUAGAAAGGGGGAAACACGAGGAGCUGAUGGAACGGAAAGGGGUUUAUUUCACACUGGUAACUUUGCAAAGCCAAGGGGACAAGGCACUCACUGACACGUCGGUGCAAACAGCCGAACCAAAUCUUGAGAAAACGCAGUCUUUCGUCAGGGGAAGUUAUCGGGACAGCUUGAGAGCUUCCCUUCGACAGCGUUCCAGAUCUCAGUUGUCAAAUAUAGUACCGGACCACCCAAUGUCAGUUGCCCAGAACCAUUCGGAGCAUAUCUAUAGCACCGGGCAGUAUGAAGAAGAUGGCAGUCCAUUUAAGAAGGAGCCAAAGGCUGUAAAAGUGGAAGAAGUGAAGCCUGCUAAUGUUACCAGAAUUCUGAAAUACAAUGCUCCUGAAUGGCCCUACAUGCUGAUUGGAUCCCUUGGAGCAGGCUUCAACGGGGCAGUCAACCCACUCUAUGCCUUGCUUUUCAGUCAGAUUCUUGGAACCUUUUCUAUCCUGGAUGAAGAAGAACAAAGAUUGCAGAUCAACGGCAUCUGCCUGCUCUUUGUAUUGGUUGGAGUUGUAUCAUUUUUUACACAGUUUUUACAGGGAUAUACAUUUGCAAAAUCUGGUGAGCUGCUUACAAGACGGCUAAGGAAAGUUGGCUUCGAGGCCAUGCUAGGUGAAGAAAUUGGUUGGUUUGAUGACCACAGGAACAGCCCAGGAGCUUUGACCACAAGACUAGCAACUGAUGCCUCUCAGGUUCAAGGGGCAACCGGCAGCCAGAUAGGAAUGAUUGUGAACUCCAUCACCAACAUUGGGGUGGCCAUUGUUAUUGCUUUCUACUUCAGUUGGAAACUCAGCUUGGUCAUCAUCUGCUUCUUGCCAUUCUUGGCUUUAUCUGGUGUGGUGCAGUCUCAGAUGCUAACAGGGUUUGCCUCUCAGGACAAACAAGCAUUGGAAGCAACUGGGAAGAUUUCCAAUGAAGCACUUGCAAACAUCAGGACUGUCGCAGGAAUUGGGAAGGAGAAAAAAUUUAUUGAAGCAUAUGAGAAAGAGCUGGAAGUCCCUUACAGAGCAGCAGUCAAAAAAGCAAAUGUUUAUGGAUUCUGCUUUGGUUUUGCACAGAGUAUUCUGUUUAUAGCCAAUUCGGUCUCCUAUCGGUAUGGAGGAUUUUUGGUUGACAAGGAAGGACUUCACUACAGCUAUGUGUUUAGGGUGAUUUCUGCUAUUGUGACCAGUGGAACUGCAUUAGGAAGAGCAUCCUCCUAUACGCCAAACUAUGCCAAAGCAAAAAUAGCUGCAGCUCGCUUUUUUCAGCUGGUGGAUCGUGUUCCCCGAAUCAGUGUUUACAGUGAUGCUGGAGAAAAAUGGGAUAACUUUCGUGGAAGCAUUGAAUUCUUGAACUGCAAGUUCACAUAUCCCUCUCGUCCCAACGUCCAAGUGCUAAAUGGUCUUUCGGUGUCUGUGAAAUCUGGACAAACCCUUGCCUUUGUUGGAAGUAGUGGAUGUGGCAAAAGUACCAGUGUCCAACUUCUGGAACGUUUUUAUGACCCUGAGGAAGGAAGAGUGUUGAUAGAUGGACAUGACAGCAAGAAAGUAAAUGUCCGCUUUCUGAGAUCUAAAAUUGGGAUAGUGUCCCAGGAACCUGUGCUGUUUGGCUGUAGCAUUGCUGACAAUAUAAAAUACGGCGACAACACCAGAGAGAUUUCUAUGGAAGAAGUGAUAGCAGCCGCUAAGAAGGCCCAGCUGCAUGACUUCGUCAUAUCGCUUCCUGACCAAUACAAAACUAACGUUGGCUCUCAGGGAUCACUGCUCUCUCGUGGGCAAAAGCAGCGCAUCGCUAUCGCCCGAGCCAUCAUCCGAGAUCCCAAGAUCUUGCUACUGGAUGAAGCAACAUCUGCUCUGGAUACCGAAAGUGAACAGACUGUGCAGGCUGCACUGGAUAAAGCUAGAGAAGGCCGAACGUGCAUCGUCAUAGCUCACCGCCUUUCUACCAUUCAGCAUUCUGAUAUCAUAGCUGUCAUGUCGCAAGGAGUGAUCGUUGAAAAGGGCACUCAUGAAGAACUGAUGGCCCAGCAAGGGGCAUACUACAAACUGGUUACCACUGGGGCACCUAUCAGCUGAGCUUUCACACUUACUCCAUGACACAAUCAAUGUAAUUUACUUGGGGAUGUGAUAAGACCAAGGAUGAACAUGUCAAUAAUCUUUAUGUUACACAUUCACUCUGCUAUUGCAAAUGUGCAGGAGAAAGCUCACCCCCCCCCCCCGCUUGCCAGCUUGUGACAUCAGUCAUUAAACUCGCUGUGGUACGAAGAAAGGCAACAUCUACUCAAACAGUGAUGCUGUUGGGAGAGUGCUCAAAACCUGGUGUUUUUUUUAAUCAACUAAAGUUUUGCCGAAGUAUUUAUAUGUCUGGAUUAUUAGGCCACAUACCUGUGACACCAGUGAAGUCAACAACUGCAGAUCUGCAGCCCCCAGUCCACCUGUUGUUGGGAUACUGCCAGGGAGACAGGCAUCUCCAGACGAUCCAUCGGUCUCCCGUAGGACAGCAUCAGACAGUUAGCGACACAAGCCUCAGACACAUUCCAGGACUCGUGCACGCCCUUGCAGCAGACUCCGCGACAGAAGAUGCACCCAGAAGAGCAUAUUUACAACUUUAUUCAGCGUUGGUCUGAAAAAAGGAAAAACAUGACUGCCUGCCUUCGUGUCGAGGCAACAGACAGAUACAAAAGCUAUAUACAAAACGGAAACUCCCUGUGAGCAGGAAGUACGCAGGCUUGUGACACACAACAGCCUGCUCCCUUUUUAAGGAGGAACGGAAAUAUCCUAACAGCUUCCAUUUGGCACUCUGGGCAAACAGUGGCAUCCACUGGCAUGACCUACUAUUACUCAUUUCACAGUUGUGAUCAUGGAAAUAUCUAAACGCAGGUGUCCACAUAUCCGUAAACACGAAGGAAGCAUUGUAAGGUGGCUGUGUGUGUCCAUGACACCUGUUCUGCACAUAAGUGCACUGCAUGUGCCACUGGAGGUUCAGCAAGUUAUGAAAUUAUAUUCACCACCAAUCAAACAAGGGAGAAAUUUCGCACAAAGCCAAUGCCGAUCUAUGUAUGGAUUUGCGUGCUGAUCCAUAUUGCAAUCAUUCCAGCACACUGAACUGUCUGGAUGCAUCUUGACAUAGGGAUGUACAGUUCCAUUGCAAACCAUUCAGUGCACAUGAAUAUAAAUGGAUCAGGCAAGGCAUGUGUCGCACCAGCAAGCUAUAGGUCCUGUUACAGUAGCUUUUUCAAAUGGAGAAAAAGUCAGCUGCAGUUUUUCCCUUGCUCGUUAAAAAGGCAUCUGGAGCUGCCAUGAUGCCUUUCUCAAAACAAAGAACACUGGAAAAAACAGCUAGGGGGUGCAGGAGACUGUUCAUACUGAUGCUGCAGAAAGUGACAGAAAAAUUUCCAUCAGUGCUGCUGAAUCAGGAAAAGAAAACGCAGGAAAAGGCAAAUGCAGCCUCACUACACUCGGUCCUUUGGAGGUAGGGAAUGUUUGUUGUCAUGUGUUUGCAAAAGUGAACAACCAAUGCUAACUGAAUAUCUGAACUAGCUUUCCCCAGCCUCCAGCUACUGUGCUAGCUGGGGCUGAUGGGAAUUGUAGUCCAAAACCAGGUUGGGGAAGACUGGUAAGUAAAGAAUCUACACUGUAUGGAAGUGGAGAUACAGAAAGGAGAAUUUGUAUCACUACCGUCCUCCUUACUUUACCAGUUGGCUACCCAGCUACUUGUGUACAGUUAUGUUUUCAUUAAAGCAAGGGAUGAAAUUUUG